AUGGUCACCACUCGCAGAUCAGCCCGGUCUUCCACCGGCCCCGGCAAACAACAAACCCUCAGUUUCAAGCACAAAGUCACCAAAGCGAUCCAGACUGGCAAGGAGGGCUACAAAUCCCCCUCCCGCGCAAAGGAGUACAUCCCCGAACCGUCGCCAGAGCCGACUUCCCACAAGGACAAUGUAGCCAAGAAACUCUUCCCAUCGGAGGAACACAACGAGGAGGACGCCGACGACGAGACCCCGACAUCCACCGACGACGAACAGAAGAAGGCCGCCACCACCGCAACAGCGCCGCAGGCACAGCGUGAUGCCGAUGUCGCCAGGGCGGAGAAGAUCAGCGACCGGGCGAUCGAGCAGUACUGGAAGGAGAUCGAGACGGGCCGCGAGGCGAGGGCCGUGCACAAGAAGCACACGCAGGGGUUGACGACGGGCGAGAAGGUGCUGCGGUACUUUGAUGUCAGCUCGCACUAUGGGCCUUGCAUUGGGAUCGCGCGUCUCAAGCGCUGGCAGCGGGCGCAGAGGUUGGGCUUGAACCCGCCGCUUGAGGUGCUCGCCGUGUUGUUGAAGGAGGAGGCGAAGGGGAAUACGGAGAUUGAGAAGGCGCAUAUGGAUGAGCUUCUGAACUCGGCGGCGGUUGGGUCAGUUGGGGUAUGA